AUACCCCACUUUUGACAGAUAAAGUAGAAAAGGGAAAGGAAAAUUCCCUUUUGCUUCCUGCCAUUUCUUGAAGUUUUGGUCGGUUUCGAGGAAACGUUUUUUGCAACAAUUUCCCAAAAUUUUCCGGAUUUUUAAACUACAAAGGCUUCUCCAUCACAUCUUUAUAAAUCAAAUUACAUUAAUUCAGACACAAAUUUGAAUCAAACCAAACAUGCCAUCUGAUGCAAAAAAACGUGAACAGCAGCGCAAAAAGGAUGCUGCAAAAGCAAGACAGACUGGAAAGAAAACACAGAAACCUGAAGAACUAAAUGAAAAGCCCACCACCAACGGAACUAAUGGUGCUACUAAUGGUACUGUCGAGCUAACUGAAGAAGAAGCGCUCUGUGCAAAACUCGAAGCCGACGCAAGACUAAACGCCGAUGCCAGAGCAACUACCGGAUCCCUUGCAGUACACCCCAAGUCGAGGGACGUCAAGAUCGAGAACUUUUCUAUUACUUUCCACGGUUCCGAAAUGUUGCAGGACGCUAUGCUCGAGUUGAACUGCGGCCGUCGUUACGGACUUAUCGGUUUGAACGGUUGCGGAAAAUCGACACUUUUGGCCGUGCUCGGUAACAGGGAAGUUCCAAUUCCGGAUCACAUUGAUAUAUUCCAUCUAACAAGAGAAAUGCCUGCUUCGGACAAAUCCGCUCUGCAGUGUGUCAUGGAAGUCGACCAGGAAAGGACGCGACUUGAAAAACUUGUCGAAACUUUGAUUGCUUGCGAAGAUGACGAAUCUCAAGAGCAACUUAUGGACAUUUACGAACGUCUCGAUGAAAUAUCGGCAGACACAGCUGAAGCUAGAGCGGCCAACAUCCUGCACGGUUUAGGUUUUACCAAACAGAUGCAGCAACAGAAAACUAGAGAUUUCAGUGGAGGUUGGAGAAUGCGUAUCGCAUUGGCUAGAGCUCUUUAUGUCAAACCCCAUUUGUUAUUGCUUGAUGAACCGACUAAUCAUUUAGAUUUGGAUGCUUGUGUAUGGCUGGAGGAAGAAUUAAAGAACUACAAGAGAAUAUUGGUUUUAAUCUCGCAUUCGCAAGAUUUCCUUAAUGGCGUUUGUACUAAUAUAAUUCACAUGGAUAAGAAACGACUCAAGUAUUAUACGGGUAACUAUGAUGCUUUCAUGAAAACUCGCAUGGAACUCUUGGAAAACCAAAUGAAACAGUAUAAUUGGGAACAGGAUCAAAUAAACCAUAUGAAAAACUACAUUGCAAGGUUCGGUCACGGUUCUGCUAAACUUGCCCGACAAGCCCAGUCCAAGGAAAAAACUUUAGCUAAAAUGGUUGCUCAAGGGUUAACAGAAAAAGUGUCGAACGAAAAACUUGUUACAUUUUAUUUUCCUAGUUGUGGUACUAUACCGCCUCCGGUAAUUAUGGUGCAAAAUGUCAGCUUUAGGUACAACGACGAUACACCUUACAUCUACAAAAACUUGGAAUUCGGUAUCGACUUGGAUACAAGAUUGGCUUUAGUAGGACCCAAUGGUGCUGGAAAAAGUACCUUGCUGAAAUUACUUUAUGGAGAUCUCUUUCCUACUGAAGGUAUGAUCAGAAAAAAUUCUCACUUGAGGAUCGCCAGGUAUCACCAACAUUUGCACGAGUUAUUAGAUCUUGAUUUGUCUCCUCUUGAAUAUAUGAUGAAAUGUUUCCCGGAUGUUAAGGAAAAAGAAGAAAUGAGGAAAAUUAUCGGACGAUAUGGAUUGACUGGCAGGCAACAGGUUUGUCCAAUUAGACAACUUUCCGAUGGACAAAGAUGCAGAGUCGUGUUUGCAUGGUUAGCUUGGCAAGCCCCUCACUUACUGCUACUUGAUGAACCUACCAAUCACUUGGACAUGGAAACUAUUGAUGCCCUAGCAGAAGCUGUCAACGAUUUCGAGGGCGGAUUAGUUCUUGUUAGUCACGAUUUCAGGCUUAUUAGUCAGGUUGCUGAAGAAAUCUGGGUAUGUGAGAAAGGAACGGUAACAAAAUGGAAAGGUGGCAUUUUGUCGUACAAAGAGCACUUGAAAACGAAACUAUUAAAAGAUGCUGAAAAGAGCGCCAAGCAGCAAAGAUAAUUUAAUUGCACCUUAGAGAAAAAUUACAUCCUUAGAAAAUAAUUGAUGCACCAUCAAUAAUAAGGCAACUCAUUGCGGUUAACAUUUUAAUAAUUAUGCAAUUUAUUGUUUCAAUAAAUAGCAUUCUUUAUU